AAAAUGCAGGGGUUGUGGAGUAUAUGAAUGCAGAGGAGAAGACAGCUAACCUUACCUUCCAAUAGCUGAAGCCCUCUUCUUUCUUUUCUCUCUCUUUCUCUCUCUUUUUCUCUCCAAACAAACAAACUUCUUAUUCCGCUCUCCUCUCUCUCUCUCUCUCUCUCUCUCUCCCUCUCUCUCUCUCUCUAAAAUAAGCACCCAUAUCAUUAUGGGUCUCUGCAAAUUCAGCCCUUUUACUCCACAAUUUCCGCACUUUCCCCGCUUCUUUCAUUUUCCAACCCCAAUUUUCUUGCUCUAAAUCCCUCUCGUUCGCUCCUUCUCUCGGCUGGAUUCUGUCUUUUGUUUUUACUUCAAUUUUUUUUUGUUUUUUGAAAUUUUUAUAAAACACGUUGUUUUUCCGCCCAAAAUUCUCUCGGUCGCACUCGUUUUCCCGUUGAACACUUCAAUUCAAUUUCCCCCAUUUUGUAAUCACGUGGUUUUCAGAAGUGUGUUAUUGAUUUUUGUAGAAACCGUGUGGAAAUAGUUUUUUGGUGGAGUUUGGGCUUUUGGGUCUGUGUGCAAUCGCCGGAAAAUCAUGUCUCCGGCUCCGAUUGAGUCCACAUUGCCGGGAUCAUUGUCUUCGGAAUCUUCUUCGCUUUCCGGGAAGAAACGUCAGUUUGCGAAUCUCAGAGGUGUGCGGUGGAGAAUAAAUCUUGGGAUUUUGCCAUCUUCUUCUUCAAUCGAUGACAUCCGUAGAGUCACCGCAGAUUCUCGAAGGAGGUAUGCUGGUUUGAGAAGGCGACUCCUUGUUGAACCACAUGUUCCCAAGGAUGGAAGUAAUUGUCCUGAUCUUGUUAUGGACAAUCCAUUGUCCCAAAACCCAGAUAGCAUGUGGGGUCGCUUCUUUCGGAAUGCUGAGCUGGAGAAAAUGGUUGAUCAGGAUUUGUCCCGUUUAUAUCCAGAACAUGGGCGCUACUUCCAGACACCAGGAUGCCAAGGCAUGUUACGCCGAAUUUUAUUAUUGUGGUGUCUUAGACAUCCUGAGUACGGAUAUAGACAAGGUAUGCAUGAACUCUUGGCUCCUCUAUUGUUCGUUCUUCAUGUUGAUGUGGAACAUCUUUCUCAAGUGCGAAAGCUGUAUGAAGAUCACUUCACUGACAAAUUCGAUGACUUAUCAUUUCAUGAAAGUGAUCUCACAUAUAAUUUUGAUUUGAAGAAAUUUCCAGAUUCCCUGGAAGAUGAGAUUGGCUGCCAUGGAAAUGCAAUGAAAGUUGGCUCUCUUGGUGAGGUUGAUCCUGAGAUACAAACCAUUGUAUUACUAAGUGAUGCUUAUGGGGCAGAAGGUGAACUGGGUAUUGUCUUAUCUGAGAAAUUUAUGGAGCAUGAUGCUUAUUGUAUGUUUGAUGCUUUGAUGAGUGGAGCCCGUGGUGCAGUUGCCAUGGCAGACUUUUUCUCUCCCUCCCCCAUAGGGGGUUCUCACACGGGCUUACCCCCUGUGAUAGAAGCUUCGUCAGCUUUAUACCAUUUACUCUCUAUUGUUGAUUCAUCCCUUCAUAGUCACCUUGUUGAGCUGGGUGUUGAACCUCAGUACUUUGCACUCCGCUGGUUGAGGGUUCUAUUUGGACGAGAGUUUUCACUUGAAGACCUUCUAAUCAUCUGGGAUGAGAUAUUUGCAUCAGAUAAUAGUAAAUUAAACAAAGGUGUUGAAGAUGACACAGAUUCCAGCUUUGCAAUCUUCAAUUCCCCUAGAGGAGCAUUUAUCUCAGCUAUGGCAGUUUCCAUGAUACUUAACCUGAGAUCUUCCUUGCUCGCUACAGAGAAUGCUACAACCUGUCUUCAGAGAUUGUUGAAUUUUCAGGAGAGCAUAAAUCUGAAGAAACUGAUAGAAAAGGCAAAAUCUUUGCGGACCAUUGCUUUGGAAGCUAAUUCGUCAAACCCGUAUCCUUCCUUUAGAGGGGCCCAUGAACGGAGUAAAUUAUCGGCUGUGAGAAGCCAUAGUCUUUCAUUUGAUUGUAGUUCUCCAACAACUCCACUGAGUUUGGUGCCCGAGAGCUACUGGGAGGAGAAGUGGAGAGUUUUGCACAAGGAAGAAGAACUUAAGCGAGGUAGUUCACAGAAACAAGUUCCAACCCGGAAGAAGGGAUGGUCUGAGAAGGUAAGGUUACACUUAUCUAGAACAGGAUCUGACCCAUCGCAUAUGAAGGUGGAGAAAGGAAAAAAAGAUCCUAAGUCAUCUGUUAGGCGAAGUUUACUAGAAGAUUUGUGCCGGCAACUUGGUUCAGAAGAAGAUAUUGGAGAAAUAGUCCGUAAUGAAGUUUUAGACCAGAAGGACCCUAUCCAUGUAGAAGUUGAGGUGGAGGAACAAGAUGCUAACCUUAAUAGCUUCACUUGCCCAGCUGAUGAUAGUCAUUUGAUUGGAAACACUGGCAGUGAAGAAAACUCUUCAAUUUUCUCGGCCUCGACAAGUCCUCUUACUAAUGAUCAUGAAAAUGACUCAGAGAAAAGUAGUAUUGUGUCAAAUUCAUCCCUUGAUGAAAAUGAUGAUGAACCCAAUAAUGCUGAAGCUUUCCGGAUUAUUCCUGAAGAUCCUCUUCCAGUCUCUGAUCCACCAGAAGAUAUCUCUCCCAAACCUGAAACUAACAAUGAUUCUACUGGAAAACAGGAGGCAGGUCUUAAAGAGCGGAAGCUUCUUUCUGGUAAAUUCCAGUGGUUUUGGAAGUUUGGGCGGAAUGCUGCUGGUGAGGAGACCUCUGAGAAAGAAGGUGCCUCUGAGGCUGCAAAAUCUGCCAAUAGGGAAAGUAAUCAGGGUGAUACAUCAGGCGCUUCUACAUCUGAUGAGUUCAGUAAUUCUUCUGUGAAUUCCAAAGGAGAUGCUGCUGACCAGAUUAUGAUGAGUACCUUGAAGAAUCUUGGGCAAUCAAUGCUUGAAAAUAUUCAGGUGAUUGAGUCAGUUUUCCAGCAAGAUCGGGGUCAAGGGGGAUCAUUGGAAAACUUCUCCAAAAAUGUUAUUGUAGGCAAGGGUCAAGUUACAGCAAUGGCAGCUCUCAAGGAGCUUCGGAAAAUCAGCAACCUGUUAUCUGAAAUGUGAGGCAACCAUUAUUUGUAUUACUUGUAUAUACAUUUUGUAAUUAUUAUUUUUAAGUGCCAAAAUAAGAUGAGUUUCUUGAGCUUCUUUAGUA